AUGCUGAAGAAUACCAGCCUCCAAUAUGGAAAUCAUACUUGUAUCAGUUGCAACAAGAGGCACCACGUCCCAAGAGAAUCAUCUGUCCUCGGGAGGUUGAGAACAGACCAAAGUAUUACGGAAGAGAGUUUCACGGGAUCAUUUCUCGGGAGCAAGCAGAUGAAAUACUUGCAGGUGUAGAAGGAGCAUAUAUUCUUAGAGAAAGCCAGAGGCAACCCGGCUGCUAUACUCUUGCUCUCAGAUUUGGUAAUCAGACCUUAAACUACAGGUUGUUCUAUGAUGGGAAGCACUUCGUUGGGGAGAAAAGAUUCGAAUCAAUCCAUGAUCUAGUUACAGAUGGCUUGAUAACACUGUAUAUAGAAACAAAGGCUUCAGAGUAUAUCUCCAAAAUGACAACAAACCCCAUCUAUGAACACAUUGGCUAUGCCACAUUGCUUAGAGAAAAAGUGUCCCGGAGGCUGAGCAGAACAAAAAACGAAUCAAGAAAAGCAAGUGUAACGAGUGAAGAAAAUACUCCAGUUGAAAAG